AUGUCUAGUUCUAGUUGUUCAGAGAUAGAAGAGAAGAGAGUUACUUCAAUUUUCCAUGAAGAUGAUUUCUCUUCUCAACAAGAAGUUUCAAAGGAAGAUAAACUAAAAUAUGCUAAAACCGAGAUGGGUGAGGUGAAAGAAGAAAACGAAAGAUUGAAGACGAUGCUAUCACGAGUUGAAAAAGACUACAAUACUCUUCAACUUCGUUUCUUUGACAUCGUUAACAAAGAGGUUUCUAACAACGGAGUAGAAGAAUCAUCCGAUUCACAUGAAGAAAAUGAUGAAGAACCCGAGUUCGUGUCACUUUGUCUUGGAAGAAGUCCAAAUGAGUAUAAGAAAGAAGCAACAAAAAUUGAUCAAAAUUCAAACAAGCCUAAAGAACAAGAAGAUAUGGAAGUUAACCUUAGUCUUGGAUUAGAUUCUAAAUAUAUGUUGUCAAUGGAGUUAGUAUCUGAUUUGACUCCAAUGAAUAGCUCAGAAGAAUUACCAAAGGAUGUUGAAGUUGAGGAAAAAGGAACAUUAUUUUCAACAAAUAAAUCAACAAAGGUUAUAAAUGUAAAUGAUGAAGUUUCAGAUCAAAUGCCUACUAAGAGAGUUAGGGUAUCUGUUAGAGCUAAAUGUGAUACUCCAACGAUGAAUGAUGGAUGCCAAUGGAGAAAAUAUGGACAAAAGAUAGCAAAAGGAAAUCCAUGUCCAAGAGCAUACUAUCGUUGCACAGUCGCACCAGCAUGUCCAGUUAGGAAACAGGUCCAAAGAUGUGCCGAUGACAUGUCAAUCUUAAUCACAACAUAUGAAGGAACACACAACCAUCCUCUUCAAGUAACAGCAUCGGCCAUGGCAUACACUACUUCAGCUGCAGCUUCAAUGAUGUUAUCAGGUUCAUCAACAUCAUCAUCAUCAUCACAUCAUCAAAAUCUUCAUCAUCACAACAAUUCAACAUCUUUUGGAAACUCACCAACACUACUCAACAAUGGUCUCAAUUUCAAUCAUCACCAAUUCGAACAAUCGCGAACACCAAAACAACAUUUCUUCAUUCCACCAAACCAUUCCUCACAUAAUAGUUUGUUCCCAACAAUCACUUUAGACCUAACUUCACCUUCAUCCUUAUCAUCCUCAUCAUCCUCAUCACCAAACAUAGCUCCAAUUCCAAGAUUUUCUCCGAAUAAUCUCAAUUUCUGUUCCACACAACAACCCAAUUUCACACCAUCAUCAACCAUAUGGAACAACAACAACAAAUUAGGGUUAGGGUUUAUCAACAAUAACACAAUAAUGCCUAUUGAGAAAACUCAAAUUAGGCCUUUCAACAAUUUCCAAGAAAAUUUCUACCAAAAGUGUGUGACAAAUUAUCAAACACCUUCAAGGCAAGCUUUGGCAGACACAAUAAGCAAAGCAAUUAGCACUGAUCCAAGUCUUCAUUCAGUCAUAGCUGCUGCAGUUACAUCAAUUGUAGGCCAAGGAUCAAACAAUAGUGUGAAUCAAAAGGAAGUUAAAGAGAAUGGUUUAGGGUUGAAUUUGAAGCUUGGUGAGUAUCCUCAAUUGGGUUCAAACAAUUUGUUGAAUCAAAAUGGUAAAGGAUGCUUAAAGGGUUCAUAUUUCAAAAGGUUGUCACCAACAACAAGUUCACAAGCCAAGAAUUUCAUGCUUCUUCAACCUUCAUUGCCAUUUUCUGUUUCUAAGAGUAGUGCUAGCAAAUCUUCAUCCAUUGUUAAUCAUAUCAAUCAUUGUGAUUCAAAUGUGAACACACAUCAUUAG